AUGGAAAAACAACAUUUACAAAGCCAUAUAUUACGAGAACCUGAGAGGAAAAAGACUAAAUCAUUUCAUGGUCCCCAAUCUGAUUUUAAAUUUCCAUCUACUGAAAGUUUAUUAAAAAACGAAAUGGACGAAUAUCAUUUGGAUAACCAUCACUUAUUGAAUGAUUCAAUUCCAAGAGUUAAUGUAACAACUGCCAAUAUGCAUUCAGGAUCUGCGAUUGAUUCAGAUACCAAUUCACAAAUUUUAUCAGAUUAUACCUCAUUUUCCAAUCCAAAUUCUUCUAAUGGCUACUAUUCUUUUGCAAACAUUUCUGAUAACACAACCUCAAGAAAUGGACCUAAUAGCUAUCAAUCUUAUGGUUUGUUUUCAAAUGAUGAACUCCAAGAAACAGAAUAUCGUCAUACAUUAGAUCCCGAAAAGAUUUCAAGCAACGACACGAACCAUAAUAAUGGAUAUAUCCACUCUACCGCAGGAAAUGAUACACAAGAAAAUAAUACCGAGACUAAAGUUCUCGGUAGAGGAAUUUCAAAUUCUAUAUCAACCGCUAACCAUAGUAUACCAACGAUAGAAAAUAUAUCUUAUAGAAUAGAGUCUGCCACUUCAUCAUUGAAGUCCUCGAAAUCCGUAAUUCAAACCAAAAGAUUGGAAAGACCUUCUAUUAAUAGAGUUCCAACAAUAACCAGAAUCGGAUCUAUUGCUAGCUAUUCAAGUAGCAGUUUGAAUGUAGGUACCUCUUCAUUAUCUUUGAACAGAAAGAGGAGCAAUGUUUCAAGUUUAAAGAGAUCUGGAGCAAUUAGAUGCAAGGGAGGACUAUUAUAUUAUUUCACGACAAUGGGAGCCAAAUUCAGAAAACAAUUCCACAAAAUGAGAAUGGCAAUUAAAAGAAAAUUAUUUGGAUAUCAGAGAAGUAACUCAAUUCACCGUAGUGCCAGCAUUAAAAGUGAAUUGAAUAAAAAGGCAAAAAAAUCAACUUCAAUCAAGAACAGACCAGUCACAUCACACUUGAAAAGAACUCAGGGUUAUAUCACUAACUUGCAAAGAUCAAUGUCAUAUAAAUCAUUAGAACCGGUACUAGUUCCUAGAUUUACAGAUAUAAUGCCAAAUGCAACAUCCCCAAUGAGAAAGAUUUCAAAUUCCCAGAAAGCGGCCAAUUACAAGAAGACUGCGUCAUUAAGACGUACCCCAUCUUCAAUCAGAAGAGCAGCAUCUGUAUUUACAAGCCAUAAUAACUCCGCCAAUGCAACUACCGAAAACUUGGCAAACAUUGUCCAUGCAACUGAGGAAGGUCCUAAGUCCCCUGAAUUAUUACAUCAACAAAAUAAUACCAUAAAAGGGAAGAUCAGUAGAUCACAAGGACAUUCUUCCUUAAACACAAUUAUCAGAGAACCUUCUAUUGUUGUUAGAAACAAGGUUAUUCCAUUAUCAAUGAAACAUUAUGCAAUCAAAGAAGAAGAUGAAGAAAAACUAAGUUCUGAUGAAAUCAAAGAAGAAAAUGAGGAAAACAUUGACGAAUAUGUAAUCAAGACUGAACAAUUGGAAAAACAAAUUUCAAACAAGCAUAAUAUAACCAAUUUAGAACCCGCAGAGGAAAUUGAUAAUGAUGAUUCCAGCUUUGAUGACGUUGAUUUUGUCAGUAUGGACAACGAUAACGAACAUUUAUUAGCCUCUGAAAUAAUUAAGAAAAAUGAGUCUGAACAAUUACAAAAGAUGUUGAAACAAUAUUUGACACACGUAAUAGCUCAAAGGAUAAAGUUGAGAUUACAGUUGGCCAAAUUUCAAGAAACAGGAAAAAUUGAAAGAGAAUCCAAUAGUAGUCAUUAUGAUGAUAAACACCUCAGUACCUUAGUAUCUUUAAUUUCUGAACAAGAAUCGAGAAACAGAAGAUCUCAAAUUUUCGAAAAAUCCAGGACCUAUUUGUCGUCUGAAACAAGCAGCGAAGAUUCAAUCUUCAACCAUGCAACAUCAGAUCUUGCCUUGCCUUUCCAAUAUAAAAAUACUUCAAAUGACAAUGUAUACUCUAGUGACAGAUUAAGUCUAUCCAUCCAUACUGAUUUUGGCGAGUCUCAAGGUAAGCACAGUACAAGUGUUUUGUCUUUCCACGCACAAGAUGUCAAAAGAUCUCUUACUUUACCUAUUAGCAUGAAAGUAUAA